AAAAAUGGAACAGGUCUGUUUUGGGGGCAGGCUGAAACAGCCUGGCUUAAGGGAAGGGCUGCAGGCAGGGCCCUGUCCUGUGCAGCAACUGGGUUUGUUCUGGGGCUGCAUCCGUCUCGGUAUCCUGAAGCAGCAAGUCCCAAAUUUGGAUUCAAACAGUCCUGAGGAAGGUGGUGGGGUCAGCACUGAGGCAGAGGAGGAGCAACGACAGAGACAUGAGCAGGGCCAGGGCCAGGGGAGGGACAAGGAGCAUGGCCAAGGGUAGGGAAAAGGAAAGGGCAGAGUUGGGGGCAAGGGCAGGGGCAAUGAAGGGUAAAGAAACAGGGCAGGGGCAGGCACGGUGCCAAGGACAGGGACAGAAUCAGGGUCAGGGGUAUGAAAGGGUGGAGCCAGGAGCACAGAUGGGACAGGGACAGAAACACCGGCAGGGUUAGGGGCAGGGACAGGGAUUGCCUUGCAAAGGCAGCUCAGGCAGGGACUGGAAGCCCUGUCCUGGCUCCAGACCAGUGUCCCAGAGGAAGUUUUUGGGGCCACCAGAACUGCCUGAUCCCUACCAAGUGUUGCCAGUGACCAAAUGCCAGGCACCAGGAGCCCCCAGACUCCCACUGCUAUCAAAGGCUGGUAGGGACAACACAGCAGACACCCACCAGGGCUGCAGUGGGCCUGCUAUGGAGAUGAGGAACAACCCAAAAACGCCUGCAGUGGGCCCAGGGCUAGGCAUUGGGGCCAUCGUGCCCCCAGGCAAGGCAUGCAGCAAGUCCUGAAUUGGCAUAAAUGAAGCACUGUUGCACUUGGACCCACAGACUCGCAGCCAGGCUGAGUGCUUUGGGGGUGACAUCAGUGAUAAGGGGCUGCACUGGAGCGCUGCACCUCUUCCCUGGUCUGCAGGGGCUUCUCCAGAGGCACCCGAGGCUGGCAGGUCCCUCAGCCAGCAAUUCCUUCCCUCAGCUGCCAGUCCCAAGCUCGCUCCCUCAGAGUGAGGGUCAUGUACAGGGCCUCCUGUACUGGGUUUGUGUGUCCAGGUUUUGGUAGUGGGGUGGCUAGAGGAGUGGCUUCUGUGAGAAGCUGCCAGAAACUUCCCCUGUGUCUAGCAGAGCCAUCUCCAGAUGGCUCCAGGAUGGACCCACUGCUGGCCAAGGCCCAGCCCAGCACAGAUGGUGGUGAAGCCUCAGGGAUCAGGGAUUUAGUAGAAGAAAAAAGUUACUGCACAGAUGUAAUUGCACUCAGAGAAGAGCAGAGGGAAAAUACGUGAGAGGAACAGUUCUGCACACACCCAGGGCAGGGCAGGAGGAGGGGCUGGAGCUGUUUCAGGAGCUGGAACUGAAAUUCCCCUGGGAUUCCGUGGGGAAGCCCAUGGGGAGGCAACUGUGCCCCUGUAGCCCAUGGAGGGCCCAGGGGUGCAGAGUUCCACCUGCAGCCCCUGGAGGAGCCCAUGCCAGAGCAGGGGAAGGACUCCAACUCCUUUCCCUGAGCAGCAGCAGAAACAACAGGUGGUGAAGUGAUCAUAACUUCUAUUCCACAUCUACCUGCACUGCAGGAGGAGUGGAGGCAGAGCUGAGAAGGAGGGAGGUUUGGAGAAGGUGUUUUAAGGUCUUAUUUUACUUCUCAUUAUCCUGCUCGGAUUUUGUUAGUAAUAAAUUCAGUUAGUAUCUCUAAUUCAAGUCUGUUUUGCCCUGAAAGUAUUUUAUGAGGGAUCUCACCCAGUCCUUAACUCAUGAAUCUUCUGCUGUAUUUUCUCAGCCCUGCCCAGCUGUGGAGGGCAGUGAGAGGCUUUGGCAGGUGCCUGGUGUCCAGCCAGGGUCACCCCACCACACAGGUGUUGGCAGUGGCUACAACCAUUGCAACAGUCGUGUUGCAAAGAGCAACUCUGCCAAAACAAGGGCAGCCCCCGGCCUCGGGGUUCUCUGCUUGGCUCCAGGUGACAGCCGGGCUGCAAAAGAGGUGACAGCCGCCGCCACCACGCCCCUGUCUGGAGGGGGAUGCCUGCCCACGCAGCCCAGCACCGUGCAGGGGGGACACGUUCUGGACCCCAGGAGCCGCCACAGCCCGCGGGCAUCCGCACCCACCCUGCCACGCACCGCUGGCCAGGGAGCGGCCGGCGCGGCUGAACAUUAACCCCGGGGCGGUGUCCAGGCUCCUGGCAGUCCCAGCACCCCAGAAACAGCUGCAAUGAGGGGGCUCCGAUACCACUACCAGCUCCUGCCCGACCAGGACGAGGAGCUGCCCGUGGGAUGCGAGGACGCAGCUGGAGAGGGGCAGCGGGGCUGGGAGGGAGCCCCGGCAGCAGCCGAGGAGGAGCCGUGCGCGCUGGUGCUGAGCACACCCAGCAGCAUCCUGCGGGACCGGGAGCUCGGGGAGCUGGGUGCGCAGCUGCCCCCGCGGCUGAGGCAGCAGCCCUGGCACCUGCUCUACUCCACCGGGCGGGACGGCUUCAGCCUGCGGACGCUGUACCGCAGCGGGGCCCGGCCGGACUGCCCGGCCCUGCUGCUCAUCAGGGACACGGAGGCGCAGGCCUUCGGUGCGUUCUCCGCCAGCGCCAUUCGCAGCAGCAGCGGCUUCUACGGCACGGGGGAGACCUUCCUCUUCUCCUUCUGCCCCGAGCUGAAGGUGCGGCCAGCCGUGGGGCACCCCGGGGCGCGGCUGGCCAUGUCCCGGGUGCCGGCCACGCCCGGGGGUCCCCGCGGUGCUGGGGACAUCUGGGGUCACGGGUGGGGACAGCAGCCGGGGACCCUGCUGGCAGCAGCCCCAGGUCUGUCCAGGGCUGGAGGGAGAAGGCGAAUCCCAGGCAGUGUGCAGGGAGGGAAGCUCAGGGAAGGGGACGCUGCCCGGCUGGGUGUCACCGGGCUCCUUCCACAUGGCAGGACGGUCACAGCCCAGCUCUAGGCUGGCAGAAUGUGGAGACAGCCACAUGUCUGGCACUGCUGGGGGGUUGUGUGUGAUGGGGCGUUAGUGGUGGCAGCUGUGCCCUGGCAGGGUCCACAGAGCUGUUGGCCCCGUCUUCUGGAGAUGUGGAACACGGAGGUGCCCGAGCGGAGCAGCGUAGCUCAGCAGCCCCCAGCUGGUCCUUGCAGGGCAGCGACAGGAAAGGGGACACUGCCGCAGCCCAUGGUCCCCUCUGUGUGCUGUCCCCUCGCAGGUGUUCAGGUGGACGGGCAGGAAUGACUUCUUCCUGAAAGGGGACGUGAAUCUGCUGAUGGUCGGUGGGGGCAGGUAGGAACGGCGCCGGCAGCUCCAGCGGCUCAGAGGGCCACAAGCCCUGAUGGCCAUCAGAGCCAUCACAGGAAUUGCCCUAUGGAGCUGGGUCCGAGCACGUGGUGAUGGUUUGAACUCCAAAACACUGGCACCAGCAGCACUGGGCCCUUCAUUCCCUAACCCCACUGCCUGCUGGAAGGGCUGCUGCUUCCCAGCCCACUCCCCGUCUGCAGGCGCGGUGGCAGAGCUGGGCCAGCUGCUUGUCCCGUCUCAUGUCCAUUUUGGGGAACAGAGAGAGGACGGGAGGUGGUGCGGGAGGUCUCCAGCCAUGAAGGAGGCAGGUUGCAGCUGACCGUGCUCUUGGCACAUUCGCAGCGGGAGGUUUGGGCUGUGGCUGGACGGAGAUCUGCACCAUGGGGGCAGCCAGCCCUGCGAGACUUUCGACAACGAGACCCUCUCACACC